AUGUCAGGCGGGCGGCUGGUGGUGUUGGACCGCGGCGGUCGCGACGUGAAGUGUUUCCCUCUGAGGGCGGGGUCGGCCAGCAUCGGCAGCGACCCCUCGUGCGACGUGCGGGUCCUGUCCCCCGCCGCGCUCGCUGUACACGCCACGCUGGCCGUGAGACCCGCCGGCGCCGUGCUGCGCUCCUACGGACAGACGAGCGUCAACGGAGCGCGCGUCAGUGUGGCGGCGCUCCGGCACGGGGACACGCUCGCGCUGGCCGGCCGCCGCCUGCGCUGGGAAUACGACCGGCCCGAGCGACACCGGCGCGCCGUCCCCCCCGCGCCGCACCUCACACCCGCCACCCCCGCCCGCUCCCCGGGCCGGCCUCGUCGCCGCAGCGAGCCCGCCCGCCGGCCCGCGGUGCCCUCUCUCCACAGGGACUCCGCCCCCGCCUCAGCGGGCAGGAAGCAGGUGGCGAUAGUGCAGCCACAGAGAAGAGACGCCGGCGACAAUAAUGUGAGCGCGGCAGGCUCGUCCGUCAGCCCGGGUCCGUCUCCUCGCGGCCGACCUGACGACGCUCACUCUGGAACACGCAAGUCUCCCAAGCGGGUGAGCGCGGACGACACCACCAAGGCGAGUCUCUGGAUCGAGUCCCGCAAGUGUCGCUCUCCUCGCAACUCUCCUAAGCCGAGCGAGGAGCCCCCGCCGAGCCCCAGCCCGCGGCCCCCUCGCAACAGAUCCUCCAAUACAUCCGUCGCGUCCGCCACUAGCGAGUCAGUCCGCUCCUCUCCUCGUGUGUCCAUCAAGAGCGCUCCACUGAGACUGGCCGUGUUGAAGAAGGCGCACACCGCGCAACACAGAGUCACCAAGAUACAGGCGCCGCUCAAGAUAGACCACACCAAGCAGGCGGCCAUCAUGUUGAUGACGGGUCACAGUCCGCGGGCCUCCUCUUCGCCGCGUGUACUCAACGUGCGACAGACGCCUACCGUCACUCCGAGACGAACACCCGCCUACAGGACCCCUACCGUGAAGGGGAGAGAGUCGGUUAGGAAGAGUUCGUCCGUGGGGCGGCGGGCCGCGAGCCAGGCCGUGCGGUCACCGACGUUUGCUAAUCCGAAGAAAUCUGCUAUGAAGGAUCCGAAGAAAAAGAAGAGCUUGAGGAAAACGGAAUCGAUUAAGUUCGAUUUGAGCAACUUGGACAGUCGCAGUAACUUGAGUAACUUAGAAAACGAGGAGAGACAUAUCAACUCUGAUGUUGUGUUGGUUGACGUGACGGUGACCGCUCUCAGGACAGUGGCACCGAGGACGAGCUGA